AUGAAAAAAAGUAAAAAGAAAAGCUCAUCGGCUCAUGCAGAUAAAGAUUACGGCUUAGCUGAGCCCUUGAUGGACACUAUAUCAGUGGAGGAACUAGAAACUAAAAAAAAUUGUUUUUUAAAUAAAUUAAAGACUGUUAACUUACAUCAGCUAAAUUUGGAUACACGAGAUCAAAAUGGAAAUUUAAAAUGGUUUCAAGAGCGGAAAAAACGUCGGACGGCUUCCAAAUUCGGUGAAAUUUGUAAAAUGAGGUCAACUACUAGCUGCAGACGACAAGUGCAUGCAAUUAUAUACAAUCCAUAA